GGACCGGUUUCCCUGACAGCUGAUCGAAAGUAAAAACUACACAAUAUGAGACCGCUUUGGGAAGUAUCGGGUCUUUCCAUCUGUUUAAUACUAUCAAGAUUAUUCAAUGCUGUAACGUCUAUCGUCUAUGUCGAGAAUGGGACGAGUCUGACUUUAAAACCUAAUAUUCAAGGAAAGCCUGAAGACAUUUUGUGGACACUCAAUGGAAACAAGGUGGCUGAACAUGAUCUGACUGAAUUUCUAGAUUAUGGUCAGUUCAAGGAAAGAGCAGAGAUUGAAGUCUCUACUGGACAGCUCAAGGUUCAUCACAUGACCAGCCAUGACAGUGGUCAUUACAGGUCUGUGAUACAGAUCAACGGGAAGCUGCAAAAUUCUGACAAUGAAGUUCAAGUUAUUGAGUCUGUGCCGGAGCCGGUCGUGACCUGUCAUCGGACCAAUAUUUCGAGAGCUCUGUUGUGUUCAGUGUCCUCUCGGUCUCGGGUCUCUUACGCAUGGACCGGCUCAGCACAGCAGUCGGGGCCGGAGCUCCAGCUCAGCGGAGAGGAGGAGCCGGACUCCGUCUACACGUGUACUGUGAGGAAUGAAGUGAGCCAGCGGAGCAGCAGCUUCUCUCUGAAACACUGCCACACAGAUGGACCACAAUCAUAUGAGAAUAUCAUUCUACCUGUUGCAUUGUCCGUCAUCGCUGCUGUUAUUCUGGUGAUCAUAGCUCCUGUCAUUUAUUUCAAACGAAAACAUGAGGAUCGUAUAGUAUAUCUGCAAGGAAGUCAGAUAAACAGAAGUAGAUCAUCAGGGACACAAGAGCUAAGUGAGUCUAAAACAUUGUUUGUUGACCGUCACAGUUAUUGA